AUGCCCAAGUUUGUUCCCCGCCAAAGGAAGCAGCGGCACCGGCAACAGGCCGCUGCUGAUACUACAGCCGACACCAAUGCGGCGGAGGUCCAGCCUCUCUCCAAAACCGAGAGAGAAGCCAGGAAGGAGAAACUUCGGGAAGAAUUGAGGGCGCAACACACGAAAAUAUCCGCUAAAAAGCAGAAGCGCUUGGACAAAUACAUUGAAAACAAACUUAAGAAAGAAGAAAACACAGCGCUACUGAAGAAACUCGCACAGUCGAAACUCGAAGUCACCGGUUUACAGAAGUCUAAGGAGAUUGGAAAGCGUAAGAGGGAGGAUGAUGAGCCCAGACACACAGCAGAGGCCGUUGAAGAACGCAAUGCGCCGGGAUUCUCUAGUGACGAGUCGGACGAUGAUUUACCGCGGACGGGAGCGGACACGAUUGAGAAGGCACCAGAACAGAAACAGGGGGCGCCGAAUGUGAUGAAUGGUAUUGGCUUAAAACGUCCUCUCGAACUUGGUCCGGACGGGUUUCCAAUUCUCAAAAAGCGAAAGCGGGCACCGAAGGCUGCGCCUAAAGCUCCGUUAAAUGAGGUUCCGUGGGAGGGAUUCUCGGAUGACGAGGAUAAGAAUGAAGAGGCCGGACCUGGAAAUGAAGCAGAAAGCGAGAAGGAAGAAGGCUCGGAAGAUUUAGAGGGUGACAACAACGAUGACGACAGUGAUGAUGACGACGAUGAUGAGGAAGAUGACGCAGAUGAAGAUGAAGAUGAAGAAGAUGAAGAAGAAGAAAAAGAUGAUGAUGAUGAGGACGAGGAUGACGAGGACGAAGAUGAGAGCACCGACGGGCGCAUCAAACCUCGACAAUCAGCCUUCAAAUCAUGGGCCAGGCAGCAAAUCAACGAAGCAGUAGGCUUCAAACCCACAUCCGGCCCAAUAACCUCAGAGCCACAAGUCAUCCCCAAAUCCGCUAUACCAGUGAGAGCCGUGGAAGAGGAACCUCUACCUCUAGAACUGCAAGUGACAAAGGGCAACCCGUAUCGAAAAGCCUUCAGUGUCCAGGUCGAUCGUCCCGAGGAAGUCCAAGAGGCUCGCCUCAAGCUUCCAGUUGUGGGCGAAGAACAGAAGAUUAUGGAAGCCAUUCAUAACAACUCCGCCAUCGUAAUUUGGGGAGCCACUGGUAGCGGUAAAACCACGCAACUCCCGCAGUUCCUGUUCGAAUCUGGCUACGGAAACCCCGAGAGUGGAAACCCAGGCAUGAUUGGAGUCACGCAGCCCCGUCGAGUCGCUGCAGUCAGUAUGGCGAAGCGUGUGGGUGAUGAACUGGGCCAGUUCUCGUCUCAAGUAUCCUACCAGAUUCGUUUUGAGAGCACCGCUACCAGCAAAACAGCCAUCAAGUUCAUGACAGACGGUAUCCUAAUCCGCGAAAUUGCCGAGGACUUCUCUCUCAGCAAGUACUCGAUCAUCGUGAUUGACGAAGCCCACGAGCGCAGCGUCAACACAGAUAUCCUGAUCGGCAUGGUCAGCCGUAUUGUCGACCUGCGCAAAGCUAUGAGCGCGGAAGACCCGUCAGUCAGACCUCUAAAGCUCGUGAUCAUGUCUGCCACCCUGCGCAUCUCCGACUUCACGCAAAAUGCCAGCCUGUUCCGUCAAGGACCACCGCCUCUCGUCCAGGCCGAGGGUCGCCAGUACCCCGUCACAAUCCACUUUUCCCGACGGACACAUCGCGACUACGUCGAAGAAGCCUUUAGAAAGGUCUCCAGGGGCCACCGCAAGCUUCCCUCAGGAGCAAUCCUUGUGUUCCUGACCGGCCAAACCGAGAUCAGACAGCUCUCCAAGCGGUUGAAGCAGGCCUUCAAACCGACACAGCGGGGAGAAGUGACUCAAGCCAAGGUUCAGAUAUCUGCAAAUGAAGCACCAUUAGAGGCAGAGGAUCUCGAAAUUGGCGAAACCGAUAUCUCCAAUACUGCUGUUGACGCCUAUGACGAUGACGACAGUGACCUCGAGAUUACGGGUCUUGAUGACCCCGAGGAGGAUGAGGAAUUCAAUGUAGGCGAGGAAGGUGAGGAAGCCAUGGAUUCAUCUACAAAGGUCCACGUUUUACCACUAUACUCGCAACUUCCCACGAAAGAACAACUCCGCGUUUUUGAACCGCCACCCGCGGGAUCGCGACUUAUCGUGCUAGCAACCAACGUUGCGGAAACUUCUCUUACGAUUCCAGGUGUCCGGUAUGUCUUCGACUGCGGUCGCGCCAAAGAGAAACAGUAUGACCUGGAAACGGGUGUACAAAAGUUCCAGAUCGACUGGAUUAGCAAGGCCAGUGCGAACCAGCGUGCCGGUCGUGCCGGUCGAACAGGGCCUGGUCAUUGCUACAGACUGUACUCGUCGGCUAUCUACGAAGGCGAGUUCGGCGAGUACACGGACCCGGAGAUCCUGCGGACACCUAUUGAGGGUGUUGUCCUUCAGAUGAAGAGUAUGGGUCUGCACAAUGUAAUCAACUUCCCCUUCCCCACACCACCCAGUCGCCAGGGCCUCGCAAAGGCCGAGAAGCUCUUGAAGAACCUGGGCGCGCUCAGUGCCGAUGGCAAGAUCACACCUAUAGGAAAUAGUCUCUCCACAUAUCCUCUCUCUCCCCGAUUUGGCAAGAUGGUCUACGUCGGUCACCAGCACGGCUGUAUGCCCUACGUCAUUGCUCUCGUGUCCGCUCUAGCAGUGGGAGACCUUUUUGUGCCUGAAAACCAGAUCGACUCCGUUCCCGGCAAGGAAGACAAUGACCGCGACAGAGGCAUCUAUAAAAACUCCGACAGGCUAGAAGACACAGCGCGCGAGAAGCGACACAAGGACUACGCGCGCGCGCACCGCCUCUUCAGCAAACACGACGACAACUCCGACGCCCUCAAAUACCUCUCCGCGAUUUGCGCCUACGGCUAUGCCCCUACCACAGGCGCGGACGACUUCUGCGACAAGAUGUUCCUGCGCGCCAAGGCCCUCAAGGAAGCUACUCAGCUUCGGCGGCAGUUAACGGACAUUGUGCGCACCAACAACCCAGGCCUUCUUGAAGCCUACCAGGCGCGGUUACCAGAGCCCUCCGAGAAACAAGUCAAGGCACUCAAGCAGAUUGUCACAGCAGGCUUCAUCGACAACGUCGCUAUCCGCGCUGAUCUCGCUCCUAUCCCGCCGGAGAUGGCUCGCACUCCCAAGCGUGCCAUCGACGUGCCCUACCUCACGCUCUUCCGCUCGCGCGACGCCCCUGUAAGCACGAACAACAUCAACGAAAAGGCUGUCUUCGUACACCCGACAUCCGUCCUGGCGAAGCUCUCACCCAAGGAAAUGCCGCAGUAUAUCAUCUACUCGCAUCUCCAACAGUCCGUGCCCUCGGUUGUGGCGGGCGAUGUGCCGAAGAUCAGGAUGUACCCACUUGUCACACCGAGUGGGCUGCAGCUGUCGGCGCUGGCGCAUGGCACGCCGCUAAUUGAGUACGGGAAGCCGAUUGGCAAGAUUGAGUCGUUGGGUGGUGCGCCGGAGAGACGGGCUUGCUUUGUGAUUCCGUCGUUGAUAGGCGAGAUCGGGACCACGGGGUGGCCGUUGCCUGCGAAGAAGGUGAUCCAGAGGAAGGAUGCCAAGGAGGGGUGGGUGAUUGAAAAGUUUACUACAUAG